AUGAAUACAAAGCUUGACCAAUGCUGCCAUUCUUUUGAGGAAGUCUUCUCUAAAGCAGCGGAAAUAGCUAAAUUAAUGGGUAAUAAAGAAUGCUGCAAACUUUCUGCAAAUCGAGCUUUAAGUUAUAACCCCACUAAUGCAAAAAUUAAAACCAUGAAUCCAUAUUUAUCUAAUAUUGCUACAACUGUUUCCGUAAUCAUGAAUACUCGAUUUCAAAUUGUAAAAGAAAAUGGCAACCUCUACCAAAAUUGGAUUACACUUGGACACUGUUAUCUCAUCCUUGGUGAUUUUCCAAACGCAUACGCGUCAUACGCAUACUCUUUUGAAUUGCAUCCUGAAAAUAACGAUCCUUUAUUGGCUUAUGCUUAUGGAGUUAUUUUCCAACACUUUGGAUACGUACAAAGAUCAUUACAAUCAUGGAGUAAUAUUCCGAGCAAUGGAAGUAUAUAUUUCGAACCCGAUUUGCGUUUUAGACAAGCGAUUUCCUUCAGAAAUAAUCAACAAUUUGAUGAAGCUUUGAGAUUGUUUAACAAAGUAUCCGAAAAGCCUCCAACUACAUUGACAGCUGAUGAUGUGCUGUUUCAAAUUGCUUAUACUCACCAAAUUCGCGGUGAUAGAGAAUUAGCCAAAACAAUAUAUUUCUCUUUGCUCAAGAAGCAUCCAAAUAGCAUUCCGUUACAUCAACAGUAUGCUUGGUUUGCAUACAGAUACCUCGAUUGUCAAGAUGCAGAAGCGAUAAUAGAUUCUACCCUUCAAAGAUACCCGCAAGACCCAAUCAUAAACGUCAUCGGAGGUCUCUUCUCCAUGCUUAUUAAUAAAACAGAUCGCGCUUACAAUUUAUACAAAUCUAGCCACCCAUAUACGGUUGAAAAUGCCGGAUUUUGGUGCGCAUUGGGUGAAUUAUACUACAAGAACGAACAACUUAAGGAUUCGCAGUCAUCUUUUAAACGCGCUUUACAGAUUUGCUAUGAUAUUCCUGAAGCUUGGCUAAACGUCGGAUUCAUAGCAGAACAGCAAAAUAAUAUCGAGGAAGCUAUAACGCUCUAUCAGAGCGGCUUAGAAUACACAGGUUCCCCACUUUUAAAUGAAGCGGCUAAUAACGUUAAAAAUGGUCGCAAAGGUGUUACACAAUUGGCCAAACUUAAUGAAGAGAGGAUAUUCAUUGACAUUCCAAAGCAAUUUGCUAAUGAAUAUGGCUCUUGUCCUCCAUUUAUUCAGGGCUCUGAUAUCGGAGCUAAUAUCGAUGUCACACCUCUUUAUAUUUUCCCUAAAUCUCCAUUAGAAGACUCAGCGUAA